AUGGAUAAAGGGAUGAACAUCGAUAAUGACAUACUUAUUGCGCUAGUGGAAGCAAGACCAGUUUUAUGGGAUAAAACUUUGGACAUAUAUAAAGGCAGAAAUGCUACUAGAGAAGCAUGGAGCCAAUUUUGCUGCGAACUGAAUGAGGAUUUCAAAGAAAUGGAGUCCAAAGAGAAAAACGAAUCCAGAACUUUCGCUUAA